CUUUUUGUCAACUAUAAAAAGACAGUCUAGCUCUUUAAUUUUCUCGUUUAUCUCCUCUUUUUUCCAGUACCUUUAUACUCACGAAUAAGUCAUUUUUUGUUGCUAAGCCAGUCUUAUCGUCUAUCAUACACAGACCAUGCAGAGCAACGUUGAGCUAGAAUCGUCAGAAGACUGCAUUAAAGACUCAGCAGGUGUGGACGAACUCACCCAUGGUGUCUGUGAACAGCAAGAUUUCACCGAAGUGUAUCCGGAUGACUACAUACCAACGGAAAAAGAGAUGGACUCUAUAUACAGACAUUUAGAUUACAGAAUCAUCCCUGCUUGUUGGGUUCUUUAUUUUCUUGCCUCCUUUGGCUCUUCAGCUUAUGGUAAUACCUUGACUAUGAACUACGAGGCCGGACAUUCAUUGGCCCAGUCAUUGAAGUUGAACACUCACCAUACGUCAACUGCCACUGCAUUAUACUACGUUGCUUACAUCAUUUUUGACUUGCCAAUGAACUUGAUAAUGACGCGUGCAUCUCCACAAGUAUGGCUCUCAAGAAUCAUUACCGGUGUUGGCAUAGUUUACAUCUGUUAUGCUGCCUUGAAAAGCGGCUCAGGAUUGAUAGCCAUUAGAUUCAUGACCGGAUUCGCAGAUGCUGGUACUUGGCCCGGUUUAUCUUACUACAUCUCUCUAUGGUAUCCAGAACAUAGAACGGCUCGGAGAGUUGGGUAUUACUUCACUGCAGCACAAUUGUCCGCUUCAGCAGCAGGUCUAGUUGCAGCAGGUUUCCAGAAAAUGGAUAUGGAUAGAGGCUUGUACGGUUGGAAAUGGUACUACAUAGUUUACGGUGCAAUCACCGUGGCUUGUGGUCUCUCUCUUGUCUGGUGGUUACCCGACAGACCAGCAUACUUGAAACCAAACGAAUCCAACAUGCUCAGUUUCAGAAAGGUAAUCCCGGAUGGAGUUAUGACAUUUUUCACUCCUACCCAGCCUUUAAAUGAAAGGGAAAGGAGAUUGCACUACUUGGAUAUGAGAUACAGAUACAAAAACGUGAGAUGGGGGCUAAAGGAUGUGUGUUUGAUUUUGCUAGAUAUCAGAACUUGGCCUUUGGUUAUGAUGUACUUCGGUGUUGUCGGCACUGGUUUCGGCUUGGCAGUGUUUGCCACCACUUUGAUCAGAGUUAACCAUCCUACAUUAUCUGGUAUCGAUGUCUCGCUUUUAUAUGCUCCAAUUUGGUUGUUCGAUUUUGCAGCCAUUAUCAUCUUCACACCUAUAGCAGACAGGUUCAAGAGGUGGAGACAUUUUAUUUUCAGCUUCUCCACGUUGAUAAUCAUCGCUGGUCUGCUUGUUACUUCCUAUGCUCACGGACCUUGGAAUAGAUAUGCAGGCUUACUAAUCGCAGGUUUUGGUUUGGGACCCACUGUACCAAUCACGAUGACACUCGCCACACAGAUCAUGACACACAGAUACGGCGAUGUUGGAUCUGCUGCCUCUGCUGCAAUUAUCUCCGGUUUAGGUAACCUAGGAACUGUCGUUGCAACCUACGCCUUAUACUCUGGAUGGCCUGCAGAUAAGCCAAGGUUAUAUAGAGAUUCCAACAUGAUGUUAAUUCUAAUGCUUGGGGUCAGUAUUAUUGCAGCUGUAUGUUGCUGGUUUUUGAUGGAGAAAGUGGACGGGGGAGUUUACGACAAGAAUGCGAAAGAGAUUGACAGGGAAAUGGACAACAAAAGCCAAACGGAUUCGGACUCCACUCAUGUGUAAAACUCGGUACAGGUACUUUCCCGGGUGUCUUGUCCGAUAUUUUUAGCUAUCUGGCUAACUACCUUUUUCCUAAUUUCUUCUAUAUCACUAACUAAUAAUAUUUUGCUUCGGCACUUUUCCUAUUUAGUCCGCAGAUAAGAAAAUUGAAUC